CCCGGUUGUCCUCGGAGGACACAGUCAUGUCCCCGGUAGUUCACAGGUCUCUCGGGCCAGAGGAGGAUUCCUGAGCCACCGGCAGCUAACGAUGCUAACGAUGCUAACAGCCCAGUGAGUCCGUCCAGAGAGCCGACGUGUGGUUCACUCCAGCAGAGUUUUUUUUUGUCUUCACUUCCUCAAACAGCUUCCAACAUGACUCCCGAGGGGAAGAAGCUGCUGAACAUCAUCAUCCUGGGCUUCGGCUUCAUGUUCAUGUUCACUGCUUUUACAACAUGUGGAAACAUAGAGCAAACAGUUCUGAAGAGCUUCAACAGCACCGAGUUCCACGGGAGCGGAUACACCAGCAUGGCCAUCAUCUAUGGAGUUUUCUCUGCGUCCAACCUCGUCGCUCCGUCAGUGGUGACCAUCAUCGGACCACAGCUCUCCAUGUUCUUCAGUGGUCUUCUGUACAGCGGCUACAUCGCUAUGUUCAUCUACCCGUACACGUGGAGCUUCUACACAGCGUCCGUGCUGGUUGGAGUAGGAGCAGCAGUGCUCUGGACGGCGCAGGGUAACGUGCUCACCAUCAACUCCACUGACAACAACAUGGGAAGAAACAGCGGCAUAUUCUGGGCUCUGCUGCAGUGCAACAUGUUUUUUGGAAACCUCUACAUAUACUUUGCCUGGCAUGGACACGUUCACAUCACAGACAAAGACCGGCAGACGGUUUUCAUCUCUCUGACCGUGAUCAGCCUGGUCGGCUGCUUCUUCUUCUUUCUGAUCCGGAGGCCGGACCCCGAGUCGUCCACCCCCGAGGUCACGGAGUUGCUGCUGCAGGCCGAGUCCACAGAGAGCUCCACUGACACCUCACCUCACUCCGGCCUCUGCUCACAGGCUCUUGAUGCUUUCAUUCAAGCGUGUAAGAUCUUUGUCACCAAAGAGAUGCUGCUGCUGAGCUUCACCAUCGCAUACACAGGCUUGGAGCUCACGUUUUACAGCGGCGUGUACGGGACGUGUAUCGGCGCCAUGACGAGGUUCGGCAAAGAUGCAAAGAGUCUGAUUGGCAUCUCUGGGAUUUUCAUCGGCAUCGGCGAGAUCUUGGGAGGGGGCGUGUUUGGGAUGCUGAACAAGAGCAACCGGUUUGGAAGUAGCCCGGUGGUGCUGCUGGGACUCAUCACUCACUUUGUGGCUUUCUACCUGAUUUUCCUGAACAUUGCCAGCGAUGCUCCGCUGGCCCCGGAGGAGGGAACCGACCUGCAGGCCUUCAUCACCCCGAGCGUCGCCGUGGCGAUGCUCUGCAGCUUCCUGCUGGGUUUGGGCGACAGCUGCUUCAACACGCAGCUGCUCAGCAUCAUCGGCGUCACGUUCCGCGACAACAGCGCUCCGGCCUUCGCCGUCUUCAAUUUCAUCAAGUCCAUCAUGGCCGCUCUAGCCUUCUUCUACAGUAACUACCUGCUGCUGCACUGGCAGCUGCUCAUCCUGGUCCUGUCGGGUUUUCUGGGCACGAUUUCGUUCUUCGUGGCCGAGGGGUGGGCCGAGUCCAGCCGGCGGGCAACUGACUACGACAGCAUCUGGUCUGCUCCCAGUGAAGAAGAGGAGGGCACAGCAGUGAUUGGCUCUGUGCAGCCGGGAGGAGGAAGGUCUCCUCACUGACACGGUUUGGUUUUCACAGAUCCUCUCGAUCUGUGCUGCUGGAAAACCAAACAUUCCUCUUGAGCCCAGCAUUUAUCUGAACUGAAUCCAAAGACAGAGCGAUUGUGUGAACUCCAGAUUUAUCAUCAAGUUUCAUCCCUGGUUUUUCUUUUCUCGUAUCUCAGCCUGAUUCCUCUUGACUCCACACGCGUCUCAAAACACAUCAGAGAGCUUCACUGUUAAACUGGUGACAUCACCACUAACACACACACACACACACUGUGGUUUAUUCUGACACACGGCCACGAAAAAUACUCAAAUUAAACUAAAUACCUGUGAGGUGUUUUUAAGAAUGUAAGUGUGAUUGGAGAGCCGAGGUUAGUGCAAAAGAAAGUGAACUUCCUGGAUUUGACCUUGUUUAUCCACAUCUGCUCCAAAUUCUUCCUCGGUUAUUUUCUCACCCUUCCACAAAAAUUCACUAAAAAAACACUUUACCUUUUUCAGUUUGGUCCAUGUUCCAUCUGCUGACAUGGAGGAGGCAGGGUCACGACCUGCCGGGGGGGCGAAUGAGAUACUGAGCUGUCAUGGCGUCCAUGUGGACUCGGGUUUGACUGAGCUGGUUCUCUUUAGUCACACAAUGGUGUUUAUUCCUAGCCUGAUUGCCAGAAAAAACUUAGCCCCGCCCACAACAUUUGUUGUUCGGGAAGUUCGGUCUGGAGUCGCUCCGUUGGGGAGAAACUAUGCUCGUACAGAAGCUGUACGGACCAAUCAGAUCGUCAGGGCGGGCUUUAUACGAUGAUUGACAGAUGAUCUACAGUGACGUAGUCAACCACGUCAGCAAAGAGCGCUGCCUGCCGCUGGAGAGCUGAGACAUAUUUAGACAUAUAUAGUGUUUAUAUCUAUGAGCUGAGAUGUGUCGAUGCUGCCAUCGAGUCUGUUUCAGAGACAUCGACAGCGCAUUCAUUUUGAAAGAGGAACAGAGGAACGCGAUCAAGGCAUUUGUAGAUCGAACAGAUGUUUUUGCCGUCCUCCUACGGGAUUCAUAAAAAGUUUAAUGUAUCAGCUGGCCCCGAUGCU